AUGAAAUUACUUAUGACCACCCAUGCGUUUUACGCCGCUGUACUACUAUUAGUAGAAUUUGCUAUUGGUACUGAAAUAUUCAGAGCAGUUGACCUAGGUGAAGGCUACGUCAACGCCACUUCUAAUACAGUCACAAUCAUCGAUUUAACUAACGGGCACCCGAGUAAUAUAAACUACACGGCUGUAGAACACGUGACAUCCUUGGAGCAUAGCAAGAAUACCAACGUAUCUUGUAUGGAAAUCAAGUCGCACUUACUCAGAACACUGCAAUAUCGGAACGAGUCAAGCAUUUACGAGCGUGACACUGAGAGCCAAUGUGAUGAUGGUUACUACCAAUGGUUCACGAAUAAGGUGAGCUCUUUCAUGAGCAGCAAAGACCAUUCACUGAAAUGGCGCGUGUUGCAAUCGGCUUGGACAGGGGCAGUAUCAUUUGUCGGCCUUGGUGCUGACGCAACCAAGGUAUGGUCUAACCUUGGCGGCACUCUUAAGUCUGCAUUUACUCCGCAAGCAUGUACCGGGGGCUCGAAAUACAUCAAUAUACAGAAUAGUGCGGGCACACUUGAACGCACUUACCUAGUGGGGUGGGCGCCAUACAAGUGUGGCGGCAAUAAAUGUGACACCACUGUCACUGCCGAUCAACUGACAGCUAUAUUCAAGCAGGAAAUAACGGACUCUCUAAAGAACGAAUAUGUCAGUUGGUGUGCCUCUAUGACUCACGGCGGUACCUGGAGAGCAUCGGUGCGGUUCCUGUUGUGGGAAAAUCAGGCGUACUGCCACCAGAACCUUUGGGACAUCCCGUGUGAAGAGUGGAGUUGUUGA